AUGGAGACGCUCCGCCCCGCAUUGGCAACGCUGCGACUGGCAGCUCCGCGCAGAGCCUACCGCCCGCUCUACCAAUGCCUACACACGUCCGCUGCCCGCCAUGCCACGCCGCUGCCGCAUGCAUCGGUGCCAGGCCCGCCCCCAGCGACACCCACGCCUCACCCGUCAGACCCAUUGGAGCGCGUGGCGAGGAAGAAGCGCCAGGCCGAGAUGGUGAAGCAGGCGCAGGAGGUCCGUACCGAGUCGGUGCCCUCCAACAAGCCCAAGAGCCUGCUCAAGAAGCGCUUCUGGAAGGACAGCACCGUGAAGGAGACGGAUGGUACAGAGGGCCUGCAAGUCUUCCUUGACAGCAGACCCGUCCGAACCCCCACCAAGGACAUCCUCACCGUCCCCGCCUCGAAGCCCCAGCUCGCCACAGCCAUUGCCCUCGAGUGGGACCUCCUGCUGAGCGCACAGCAAGCCCUCAGGACGCACUACAUACCCAUGACCUCGCUUGCUGCCCGUGCCCUCGACAUUGAGCAAGCCGAUGCCCAGGGAAAGGAGCAUGUCAGGAACGAAGUCCUCAAUCUGCUCAUGCGCUACCUCGCCACGGACACGCUGCUGUGCUGGGCGCCAGAGAAUGUUAUGAACGACCAUAGACGCAACGGAAAGACGCUGCGUGAGCUCCAGCAGGAGAUGGCCACGCCCAUCAUUGGCCACCUCACCACCCACAUCUGGCCCGGCGUCGAGAUCAAGCCCAUCCUCGAGCCCGACAGCAUCAUGCCCGUGGAACAGCCGGCUAUGACGCAGCAAGUGAUACGCGGCUGGCUGGCAGGCCUCCCUGCCUUUGAGCUGGCGGGCCUGGAGCGUGCGGUGCUGGCAUCCAAGAGUCUGCUCGUGAGCGUGCGACUGAUCUACGAAUGGGGCGAAGCAUUUACGCAAUCGCGGAAGCCGGCCAACGCGGCCCGCUUCGGCAUCGAGGAAGCGGCCGAAGCGGCGAGCCUCGAGGUCCGAUGGCAGACGGGCCAGUGGGGUGAGGUUGAGGACACGCACGAUGUCGAGAAGGAAGAUCUACGGAGGCAGUUGGGAAGCGCUAUUCUUCUCGUGACUGGCGACGCGUCGUAUGUGAUUGGCUGCCGAGCUGCCAAAGACGCCUCCGACGAAGCACGUCGAGAAGGCCCCGCUGUUGGCUGCUCGAGGGCGGGUUGCUACAAAAAUACUGACCCCAGCAGCCACAAGCGGUCAAAGUCGCAAAAGGUCAAGCACAUGCUUGGCCGUGUGUCCUCCAAGAACGACGUCACCAACACCGACAUGAGCGAUUCCUCCCCACCAGGCUCGUCGGCUGCGGGCUCGCACCUGGGGGCUUCGUCGCAGCAUCUGCCCGGUCACCAGCGCAGUCUCUCCAAGAGACACAACCCACACCUCUCUGCCAGCAUGUCCAACGUUGGUACUGCAGACGCCCUGAGCCCCUCGUCCCCGAACUUUCAGCCGUCACCGACCUCGCCGAGCACUGCCAAAGCUUCAUCCAUCGAGCAGUCCGUGAAGCUGUUCCGCGUCUUCGAGUCGCUACGCAAUGGAGACACAACGGCCAUCGCCAAGGCUAUCAGGGAGCAGUCGGCACCGUCAGACAGCGAGGAAGGCAGGUCGUCACUGUCGUUGCCCAGUGCCCGCACUGAGGGAACAUCCAUACUGCACCUGGCCAUACAAUGCGCCGAAAUGCCCGUCAUCGAAUUUGUGCUGUCCAACGCAACUGCGAAUGCAGACUCGCCCAUCGAUAUCAACGGCCGCGACCGUGACGGAAACACGCCCCUUCACCUGGCAGCCACCCUUGGCCGUGCACCCGUUGUCCGCAUGCUCCUCGAGCAGCCCGGUAUCAAUGACUCCAUCAUCAACUAUAAUGGUCAGACGCCACUAGACCUCGCCCGCACACCGGAUAUCUUCCAGCAGCUGCAGCUUGCGCGCUCGAUUUUCAUCGAUAUAAACGUGAAGAAGAUACAGCAGCUAGUGACUACAGGCGACAUGACAACACUGGAGCAAAUCUUGCAAGACGCCCGGAUCAAGAGCACGCUUGAUGUGAACGGCGGAGAGCUGGCAACCGACCCGGUAGUAGUCGAUGCUGGCGGCACGCUAUUGCACGAAGCUGCGAAGAAAAAGGACGUGAAGCUGGCACAGCUGCUACUGCUCAAUGGUGCUGAUCCCUUCCGACGCGACAGGAAAGGCAAGCUUCCCCAAGACUACACCAAAGACGACCGCACGCGCGCCAUUCUCAAACGAUCACCAGCAGCCGCAGCUGCACAGCGAGGCAUACAGGAGAAGACAAUACUGGCCGGCAGCGCGCCUGGUGCAGCAGCCAGCGAUAGUGGCAUGGGCGUGAAAGAGUCGCGCGAGAUGAAGGGUUACCUUAAGAAGUGGACCAACUACACGAGCGGUUACAAGUUGCGUUGGUUUGUGCUUGAGGACGGUGCGCUGAGCUACUACAAGCAUCAGGAUGACAUCGGAUCAGCAUGUCGAGGUGCCAUCAAUAUGCGCAUCGCGAAGCUCUACAUGGACCCUCAGGAUAAGCAGCGCUUCGAAAUUCAGGGCAGAUCCUCCGUCAAAUAUCAUCUCAAGGCUAACCACCAGGUCGAGGCGAAGCGGUGGUACUGGGCCUUGAACAACUCCAUUCAAUGGGCCAAAGACGAGGCGCGCGAAGAGGAGAAGCGCGCGAACCAAGAUCAAGAAAUGCUGAAGCAGGCAAAGAUCGAACAAUUAACAAGUGGUGGUGAUAGUGCAAGCGUCACCAGUUCACGAAUGACUGGCUCAAAGAAUCUAGCCCCAGCAUCAUCGCUCGGCGUUCCCCUCAUGCCCCAGGACACGUCUUCCCGUACCGCAGUCAGCGUUGGUGAAGAAGGCACGAGUGCCUACGAGCCUAGCGUCCCUGGACAGGACAUCAGCAGAGUUGCCAGCCAUUUUGGUGCGACGACAGUCGCUGAUGAUAUGGACGAUGACGACGACUAUGAUGACAAUGACAGCGGUCACGACAUCAAACCACAGAGCAAAGACGCGUUCAACAUCACAGCCCAAUCCGCGAAGCUCCAAUUGGAACUCCUUACUUCUGUUUCUGCAGCUUUACAAUCAGAAAAGUCGAAGAACCCCACCCUGCAGAUCGCAGAUCCAACCAUGCUUCAAGCACUCGCAUCUUACGAUUCGGCCAUUGGCAAUCUCAAGGGGCUGAUAGGUGAUUUAUUGCGAAUCUCGCGAGACCGUGACGCGUAUUGGCAGUACCGCUUAGACCGCGAAGCCAAUGUCCGCCGCAUGUGGGAGGAAAGUAUGGCUAAAGUUGCCAAAGAGCAGGAGGAGCUGGAGAACAGAAUAGGCGAGUCCGAGGAGAAGCGGCGUAAGACGAAGCGAGCAUUACGUGAGGCCCUAGAAGAUUACGAGCACCCAGGCGCGGGUCCAGGACCCGCUGUUAAUGACGAGGAUGAUGACUUUGUUGAAGCGGCCGAAGACCCGAAGCAGCAGCAGGAGCUUUCACGAAGCGCAAGCUACCCUAAUCGCUCGAUCAAGCGAAAGGCUACCAUUGCAGACAUCGCCGCGGAUAUGUCGGACUCUGAAUCUGAGGACGACGAAGAGUUCUUUGAUGCUGUAGGUGCUGGCGAGGUUGAGGUCGUUGAGCUUCCUCAGGAGCCUACAGAUGCGAAAGAAUCAGGGGCACCUUCAUCUGGCGGCGACAUAUUUGAGGAGAAACAUUCCGCGAUUGCGACCGGCUUCAAGGGAUACGAAGAUGGACCUCGCAAAAGACUUGCUAUGGAUGCCGAUGACAGGCCUAAGAUUUCUCUCUGGGGUAUCCUCAAGUCUAUGAUCGGAAAGGACAUGACCAAGAUGACUUUGCCCGUGUCUUUUAACGAGCCAACAUCGCUGCUUCAGCGAGUCGCAGAAGACAUGGAGUACACUGAUCUCCUCGACACUGCUGCAGACCGUGCCGAUUCCACCGAGCGACUGUUGUAUGUUGCUGCCUUCGCGGCAUCCGAGUACGCAUCGACCAUUGGUCGGGUGGCUAAGCCUUUCAACCCUCUUCUUGCCGAGACAUAUGAGUACGCACGACCUGACAAGGGCUACCGGUUCUUCAUUGAGCAGGUCAGCCAUCACCCUCCGGUUGGCGCGGCCUACGCGGAAUCAAAGAAGUGGGAUUACUAUUCUGUCAAGUCGAGUUCAAGCCCACGUGGUUGGAAAGCAUCGUCGGCCUACCAAGUUGUUGGAAAGGUCCUCGAUGCGGAGGGUCGCGUCCGAUGGUCGCUCGGAGGUCGAUGGAACGACAAAAUCUACGCACGUUUUACUCCAGGUUUCGAAGACGCUGAAAUCGAAAAGGGCGGUAGUAAGAGCAAGCACGACGAAAACAAGGCUUUCCUCGUUUGGCAAGCACAUGAACGUCCUACCGGCAUUCCCUUCAAUCUUACGCCCUUUGUUGUCACUUUGAACGAUAUCCCUGACGCUCUACGACCGGUCGUCGCACCAACAGACACGAGAUUAAGACCAGAUCAGCGCGCCAUGGAGGAUGGCGCAUAUGAUUUCGCGGCUACCGAGAAGAAUCGCGUGGAAGAGAAGCAGAGAGCGACAAGACGCGAGAGAGAAGCAAAGGGCGAGCAUUUCGAGCCCAGGUGGUUCUCAAAGGGUAGGUGCGAGAUCACUGGAGAAGAGUACUGGGUUUUCAAUCAUGAGUACUGGCAGAUCAGGGAUAAAGUUGCAAAGGGCGAGACGACAUGGAAGGAUGCCGGGCUGGAGGAUAUUUUCUGA